AUGAAUUUGAAGAAAGUGACGAUGAAGAAUCCGAAUGAAAAUCGAGAUAAAUCAAGAAAACGGAAGCAACCGCAAGUCGAAGAUCUUGAUGCUGGUAGUCUAAGUUGUUACACCAAUAACAAUGCCCCUGUUUUCAAGAAACCCAAGAAGAGUACUUAUGAAUGUGUCAUGAAUAUGAGGAUUGCUAAAAACAUUCGUGGGUUCCGUUUCUACACUCGUGAAGAAGAGGAGGAAGAGAGAUUUCUCGGGGUUUCGACGAAACUGAGCCUUUCGGUUGAUGGUAACGAGAGUGGGGAUGAUCCCUGGAAAAUCAAGAAAACGCUGGAACAGAGUGAUUGUGAUCAUCUCUGUAGACUCAUGCUUCGGAAAGAUAUGGUGCAGAAUUAUAUUAUCAAAGUGUGGGAAGAUGCUGGGAGAAUUGAUGAGAUUGCUAAGGUAUUGGAUGGUCAGGGAGAAGGAGUUGUGGUCAGGGUCUGGGACUACGAAAGAGGGAAGGAGUAUGAACUGAAGCUGAAGAAACUGGUUUCGAGCCAGUGUUAUAUUCUUGCCGGGGCAUGGAGCAACAAGUUUGUGAAAGAGAGGAGGCUCAAGAAGGGAGACACUAUCGGCCUCUAUUGGAGCACGGCUAAGUCCAGAUUUGUCUUCUCUGUUCGGGCUCGGGCUCCUGCUCCUGGUCCUAAUGCUGCUGCAUGA